AAAUCCACUGCCUGAUCUCCAUUCCUAAAUCGCUUCUCGAUUACUGAAGCUUCAGAAAUCUCCUUCCGAGCAUUCGUUGUUUCGCCUCGAUCGCCAUGAAUCCCUCCAUCAAUUUCGGUCAAUUCCUCAACAAGAUAUGGGAUGCAGCUUCGAUCUACCUCGCCAGGCCUCGAUCUCGCGUCGAAGACUUGGGCAGAGAUGCGGAGCUUUUGAGGGCCAAACUGGAAGACCUCAACCGGGCCAUCGAUGAGGCUGAGCGCAACGGGCAAACCGCCACUGAAGAAGCUCAACUGUGGAAGCGCCGGUCUGAGACAUUUUUAUCUACGGAGGUCGUCGCCGCCAUCCAACGGGACUACGGGGCGAUGCGGUGCCUCGGAGGCUGGUCGUGGAAUUGCGUCUCCAUCAAUCGGAGGGCCACCAAGAAGCUGGAGGAGGUGAAGGAGUUGAUUAGCCGAGUGGAUGUUUCUAGGGUUGCCGCGAUGCUGCCCCCGCCGUCUGCCGUGGAGCUUCCUAUUUCAAAUGAUAUCGUUGGGAUGCAAUCGGAUGUGAUCCAGAUUGUAAACCAGAUUAGGGAUGAAAAUGUCAGUGUUAUAGGCAUCUACGGCAUGGGAGGGAUCGGAAAGACGACACUUUUGAAGCUCAUCAACAACCAUCAUAGAGAGAUCUCCAAGCUCAAGUUUGAUCAUGUCAUCUGGAUUGUGGCUUCCCAAGGAUGCAAACUGCAAAAGCUUCAGAUGGAUCUGGCUAAGAAUAUAGGAUUGAAUCUUAAAGAUGAUGAGAGUGAAGAAGGUUGUGCUUGUAAGCUCUUCAACUCCCUCAAGGAAAAGAAUUGUCUAUUGUUUCUUGAUGACAUUUGGGAAACCUAUGAUCUUUAUAUGUUGGGGAUGGAAAAAACACAUGUUGAGCAGGGCAAGGAGCAAAAGCGCAAGGUGGUGGUUUUCACGACGCGCAGUGAGCAAGUAUGUACUGGAAUGAAGGCUAAUGUGAAGAAAAAAGUUACAGGCUUGGCAUCUGAUAAAGCAUGGAAACUUUUUCUUAAAAAUGCAGGUGAAAAUGUUAUCAACUCCGAGUCAAGAAUUAAUCGACUAGCAAAAGAAAUUGCUAAAGAGUGUGCUGGUGUGCCUCUUGCUCUCAUCACAGUCGGAAGAGCCAUGUCCGCAAAGAGGUCAUGGGAAGCUUGGAAUGAUGCUCUCACGCAGCUGAAGCAAUCACAAAUGCCAGAUGUCACAGGUAUGAAGAAACGAGAUCCUAUGUUCGCUGCCUUUAAGCUUAGUUAUGAUAGUUUGGAAGAUGACAACAUGAGAGUCCGACUGUUGUGUUGCUCUUUGUGGCCUGAAGAUUUUGAAAUUGACAAAGUUGAACUAAUACAAUGUUGGAUAGGCCUUGGCUUAAUUGAUGAGUUUGACUCGAUCAAUAAAAUUUUCGAUCGAGGGCACUCCCAUAUCGAGACUCUUACAUUUGCAUGCUUAUUAGAGCUUGUUCAUAAGGAACAUGCGAUAAAUAUCAAGAUGCAUGAUGUGAUCCGAGACAUGGCUCUUUGGAUGGCCUCAUAUUGUGGAUCCAAUCAACACAGAUGGAUUGUUAAGGCAGGUGCUAGAUUGUAUGAUUUAGAACUAGAGAAUGAGCAAUUGCAAGUGGUGGAGCAAGCAUCAUUCAUGCAUAAUCAUAUACGUUCUUUGCCAAGUGAGACUCCUACUUUUCCCAAACUUUCUAUGCUCAUGCUCCAACAGAACCUUAAGCUAUACUUAAUUCCCGGGUCAUUUUUCCAGGCUUUGCCUGUUUUAACAUUCUUGGAUCUCUCGGGCACAAAUAUCACAAUGCUUCCAGGGGAAAUCAACUUGUUAUUUGAGCUCCAACAUUUAAACUUGAAUUUCACCCCAAUAGAAGCACUACCAACAAAUUUGAGUAACCUUUCCAAACUCAAGUACUUGUUUUUGAAAGGAACUAUGAGGCUGACCCAAGUACCCAAAGGAACAAUAUCCAACUUACCUUUACUCAAAUUGUUGGAUUUAUAUGAAAGCAAAUAUGAUAACUUGGCUGAGCUAAAGGGAUUUAAAGGAUACCGGAGAUACAUUGGAAUUACCAUCCGCACAAUGAUGGCCCUUGAACAGUUGGGUUCUCUACGACAAUUAUAUACAUGGAAACUCCAACUAGAAAACAUGAAAGAUUUGGCUUAUCCUAGACAACUAUUUAAGAGCAUCACGAGUAACCACAACACAAGGCAGAGCCUCGAACGACUAGAUAUUGUAAAUAUCCUAACAGGUGGUGAAUUAAUAGUUGCUCAGAGCAACAAGGAUAGUGAAGAAGGCUUUGAAUGUUUGCGGUAUAUGGUGCUCAUAGCUGUCGAUGAUUUGCAAAAAAUCACUUGGAAAGCAGUCGAGCCUCAAAUAAUAUUUCCUAAUCUUCACGAAUUGAUCAUCGCUAAAUGUAAAAUGUUGAGAAAUAUCACCUGGGCUCUUCAACUACCAAACCUUAGUGUUUUGAAAGUAUCAUAUUGUGAUGAGAUGGAAGAAUUGAUAAGUUACGUUGGGAGUAAUGUCAACUCUAGCAUUGACCUACACUUACUGUCUUUGGCUCAAUUGCCUAAAUUGAAUCGCAUCUCACGACGGCAACUAACCUUUCCCUACUUGGAGCGGAUAUAUGUAAGCGAAUGCCCAAAACUCAAAAAGCUGCCGUUUGGAGCUGAAAUUUGUCAAAAUAAAUUAAAAGGUAUAUUUGGCAGAAAGAAAUGGUGGGAAAAUAUCAAGUGGGAGAAUGCCAAAGACAAGAAUUCUCUCACCUCCUAUUUCAAGUCUAGUAUGCAAAUAAUUAUGUUGAGAUUGGAUAUAAGGAGUGCGAGUUUUGAUAUGGGAGAUACUAAUGCUAGAGCUGUGGCUAUCAAGAUUGCUCUAGCAAUUCCUGGUGUUAUGUCAGCAGAGCUGGAUGAUGAGUGUUUGAUCGUGAGAGGUGAGCAGCUCGACCCGGUGGAAAUAGUUGCCCGAUUGCAAAAUCUAUUUCAGGCAGAACUCCUCAACGGUGAUAUUGAGAACUGAGGUACUGUGAUAUUUUGUUGAUGUAUACAAGUUUUAAAAUAAAUUAUUUGAAUGGCAUGUAACUAAUAAUUUGAUAAUUUUUAAGAUAUAAAUUUAAUAAUA